AUGGAUCCGGAGACUUGCCAAGAAACCGGAACGAAAGUUGUGACUUUUAUCUGGUAUCGGCUGUUACAAGGCGUCUGGAUUAUUGUGGCCAUACUAGCAAUGGUGGGCAUAUCGUCCGUUUACUUUCUACAUAUCAAGUCGUCUAAACUACAUGUAAAUAUCCAGAUUCUCCUAAUGCUGUUUUUGUUCAGUGCCUUUCUGAUCAAUGUCGUUGUUGUGAUCACUCAGACAUAUCAGUUAACCAUUUCAUUUACCUAUGUUGAACCAUGUGACGUGUUCCUCUCUCCGUCGUUCUACAUAAUUUUCAAUAUUGCUCAUGGCUUUUUUACUGAACUCUAUCUCCUCACGAUGGCAACAAUGAUGUUUGAACGAACAUUAGCCACUGUAUAUGUUAGCUCUUACGAACAAAUGGCUCACUCAGCAGGUCUUAUGGGAGCCACUACUGCUAUUUUGUUUGCAACUUUAAUCGAAUUUCUGUUAUAUUAUGGAGCAACCAUCAAUGACUUACAAAUAUCUACUACGAACAGUGCAUCUGGAAUUGCUAAUCGAAUCGACUAUGUUCUUAUAUUCAACAUCAGCUCCAGCGCACUGACAAUGAUGACCAUGAUCAUUCUUUUAUUGGUGAACACAAAAAGAAGCGAACUUGCUAUUGGCAUUAUCUCUCAUCGCUUCCAAACAGAGGAGAACAUCGAGACGACAAAGUUUAUUGCAAGGAUCGCUUUUGCACAGUUGAUAGCUUUCUCUGUACAGUCCCUAGGUGGACUCUUGCUUCGAACAUAUGGCGAGUAUAUUUACAAUGAGAACGAUGUCCGCAUUAGGAAAUUAUCGAAAUUAUUGUUGCAGGUGAUGCCACUUUUUACGCUCAUUAUAAGCAUAAUUAUUGCCAUGACGAUACGAAGUACAGCUACACGUCGGCGGAGCAGACUGAAAACCCAGAUGUGCAUUAGUAAUGAUAUCGAUUAUACUACCAAAUAUUUGCAAAAUCAGUGGAGCAGGGCGGGACCAAAAACGAACGCUAAUCUUCCAGACAUCACUUGA